UCGUCACUUCGUCUCGUAGAAGUCACUCCUAUAGUCUUAUCGGCUCUCAGUCUAUCCUCGUUACUGUCAUUGCUCCAUUUCCAUCUCUAUCCAGCUGCUUCUCGGAGCUACAGUAGCGUUACACAAAGCCCUAAACCCUAAUUUGACCGGCGAUGGCGUCAAUCAACUUCAAUUUCUUCGACAAUUGGUUCAAUAAACCUCCAAACCCUCUCCAGCCGGCGAACUUGUUCUUUCUGGCCAAUUCAUUCUCUCCGAAACCAGCUGACUCUCCGGCUUUUGCUUCCUUGAGUGCCUCAAAUCUCUUCAGUAAGAAGCCCAAAAAGCCCGAGGAGGAAUCCCCGGAGCCCGGGUACUACAAGCAAAUGGUGGACCAGUUCUUCUGGGAGCACGAAAACGACCCCGACUAUCGACACACGCCGGAAGUGGAGAAGAUCCUUAACGAUGACCCGGUAUUCGAGAAGAAGGAGAAUCCGACGCCGGAAGAGCUGAAACAGAACGAGGAGUGGUGGAGAGAGUUCAGGUCAAAUCCUUUGGUGGAGUUCUGGUCUCGAGUGAUCGAGAUUGACGACAAGAUCAACGAGCUGGAGCUGAGGGAGAACUCUAUUCCGUAUAGAUGGGAGGACAGGAAGAUCUGGCAGGCGGUGCCGCAUGUCCCUGGAGAGGACGGGCGGCCGAUGCCGAGGAAGGCGAUAAUGACGAGGAAACAGAGCGACGACAAGUUUUGGGAUUUCGCACGGCAGUUCUUUUUUGGGCUUUGGGGGUUUAGGCAGAGACCUUACCCCUCUAGUCGGCCAAUCGAUGUUGCUCAGGCGAUUGGUUACCAGAAGCUAGAGAAGCGCUACUAUGACUUUAUCAUGAGAAGCGGUGGGUUUUACUAUAAGGAUCGAUUGGGAAGAACAAGAGGACCGAUGGAGCUAAUACAGCUGAAAACUGCGUGGGGUGGUGGGAUAAUAGACAAAGACACGUUUGUGUGGAUGGAAGACAUGGACGAAUGGGCACCAAUCCACAUGAUUUAUGGAAUGGAACCUGCAAUUGCCACUUGGGAAGUGAGAUUCGGUGCAGCAGCAACAGCUCUCCUUAAGAAACUACAGCAUGGUAUAAAGCCGUGGGCUCCUCUUAAGGGACACGAGCCAAAAACCUAUAAGCAGGUGCAGCAAGAGGCUAUAGAGAGCAGAAAGAGAGACUUGGCAGUUCUGCAAGCCAACGGUGGUGUUUGGCCUGGAGUCAGAACGCCAAGCCAUGCCUUAUUUCUUUGGGCUAGUGGUCCUGAACUUACCCCUACUUUGGAACAGGAUCAUAUGCCUAACAAAUACAUCCCGAAAGACCUCAGAGAACGUUUGGCGAAGAUCAUCCCUGGACUAAGGCCGUGGGAGGUAUUGAGUGUGGAGCAAGCAAUGGAUAAAAUAACAUACGGUGGACAGUGGUACCGUGAGCCACUAGGAGCAUACAUGACUGGUCCUCCAUACAUCAGGCACUGGAACAAGGAUGUUAGGAGAAUACUUGAGAUCUUCUACAAUCUUGGUUCCCAAGUUUAUAGCAAGCUGGAGAGGACAAUCCCUGGCUUUGAUACGGUGAUGGAGAAGGUCCAGACCGAUGCUGAUGCGAGGGAUGCGAGGCGCAAGCUGAAGAGAGAUGCCCUGAAGAAAGCUAAAUGAGACGGGGUUAAGUUAAGUGUGUGAUGUGCCUGUUGGUGUGUAGAAUUGUUGCUUAUUAAGUUUGCAGCAAAGCAAUGUCAAAGACUCAAGAGGAGGCUGCUUUCUUCCGGCAGAGACAGUAACAGUAGGCUGCUUUCUUUUGUUUCAUCUUGAAGCGGCCUUUGAGAGUUGAAACUAAUUAUGAGGUAGAAACGAUGUCGCCUUCUCAGACUGAAUUUAGUAGGUGAAGCCCAAAUGGGAGCCUGGUAGUUGUGGUGGGUGGAUGAACUCCACAUUGGCCCGGCCCGGCCCACAGAAACAAAAAUGGAUUAAAUUCCCGAUUCCGAAUUCCAAUUCCAGUUCCACCGACCCUUUGAGGGGUUUGAGGUGUCACAUGCUUAUUGGCUUCUUUAUAUCAGACAAUAGUUACGAAGUACGUGUAAAGUAACUGAGAGCCUGCCAUCUUUAGGGCGGCUCUUUCCGUCGGACGCUUGUCCCUCCCUCGCUUGUCUAUACUAUAGCCGACUUUGUGCCUAUAUAGUAUCUUAGACAAGGCCCUCUCAUUGGUAGGCUGAGCUGAAAUUAGAAAUGGAAGACUGUGCAAUGGAAGCUCGUCAUAUGUUUCCGGAAGCGGAAGAAGAAAAUCUACCUUCGAAAGGAAGUGAAGGCUGCGCUGAUGCAGAGGACAAAGAAGAAGAAGAAGAGAAGCGAGGUGGAGGCGGUGGGAUUCUGAACAAUCUGCUGGGCAACUUGGUUGCUCCGAUGAGUCCAAGAGCGUCAGCUGCUACAACCGAGGCCGCCGGAGAUGAAGAUCACCGACGGGAGACUUUCCACGAUUUGCCACCGCCACCGCCACGUGGUGCUCCAGCCGAUGAAGUUGUCAGCGAAAAGAGUGAAAAUGUCGUCGGCGACGAUGAAGGGAGUAGUGGAAUCAUUGACAGCAUCGUCUCUCACUUGCCUAAAUCUCUGCCAGAAGAUGUGGCUCCGACUAAUGAUGAGGCAUCCAUCCUGAUCCAUGCCAUUGUCCAUGAUUGAAGAUUUUAUACGAAUUCUGCUUUUGUUGUCCCCUGUUUUAUGCGUGGGGUUCAGACAGUUCAGGGUUGCUUGUACCAACCGGGCAAACCGCUUGACAUUUUUCAAUCCGUUGUAAUUUCGUUUUGGGUUACCUCAUUCUGUUGGCACAUGGGGUUUGGUUUGAUUUGAUUUUUUCAUUGCGG